GCCGGGCCUCUCCAGACAGGAACUGGAGCUGGAGGCUUCCUCUGCUACUUGCUCAGAGAGAAGAACCUUAGGAAUGCCAUUCAGUGCCUCGGUUUCUGAGCUGUCUCACUUGGGGAAAUCCAACCAUCAUAGCUCACGGUCACCACUGCAGGAAUCCGGAUGCAGGCCAAGUACAGCAGCACGAGGGACAUGCUGGAUGCUGAUGGGGACACCACGAUGAGCCUGCAUUCUCGAGCCUCUACUGCAACCCAGCGGCCAGAGCCUGGCCACACAGAGCAUCGGCGUCCCUCUUCAGCUUGGCGUCCAGUGGCCCUGAUCCUGCUGACUCUGUGUUCGGUGCUGCUGAUUAGCCUGGCAGCUCUGGGGCUUGUGUUUUUUCAGUUCUACCAGCUCUCCAACACUCAGCAAGAAAACAUUUCUCAAAAGGAAGAAAGGCUGGGGAAUCUCUCCCGACAGCUGCAAUCUCUCCAAACUCAGAAAAGGAAGCUUGCAGAAACUCUGCAUCACGUGGCUGAAAAACUCUGUCGUGAGCUCUAUAACAAAACUGGAGAACACAGAUGCAGCCCUUGCCCAGAAAAAUGGAAGUGGCAUGCGGACAAAUGCUACCAAUUCUAUAAAGAAAGCAAGAGUUGGCAGGGUUGUGAAUAUUUCUGCAUUGCUGAGAACUCGACCAUGCUGAAGAUAAAUACACAGGAAGUACUGGAGUUUGCCAUGACUCAGAGCUACUCUGAGUUUUUCUACUCUUAUUGGACAGGGCUAUCCCGCAACGGCAACGGCAAGGCCUGGCUGUGGAUGGACGGAGCCCCUUACUCUCAUGAACUGUUUGAGAUUAUAGUAGAUUUCACCAGCCUAAGAAGUAGGGACUGUGUGACCAUCCUCAAUGGAAAGGCUUUCUCCAAGGACUGCAAAGAGUUGAGGCGAUGUGCAUGUGAAAGAGCUGCGGCCACGGUGAAGCUACAGAGGCUCCAUGAGCCUCUCUGAGCCGGACGUGGAGGCCAAUGGUUCUCCAGCUACAACUGCAACUGCAGGCUCCCUUCAGAGAAGUGGAAGAUUCUGCUCUGCAGAACAAAAGUCAAGCUCUUUAUGUGCGCCUGGCCUAGUGUGGUUUCCGUUCCUUUUCCUUCCAUUUAAUCCCUGUUUAUACCUUCCAGGUACUGAAGAUUUGAUAAUAAUAAAUGUAAAUAAUGGAAAGUGU